AUGACCAGCGACCCUCCGCCUCGCCCCGGCCUGCAACCGCUCUCACAUCUCAAAGCUGGUCCGACCACCUCCAGCUCCAAGUCCACAGCUCUUCCGGCGUCCUCCACUCUCCAACUGCCAUCCUCGUCAAUUUCUCCACGGGUUCGAUUGCCCAAGGCCCCGAGCCGGGAUGAACAAGCCAGUGCGACGAGCCAUAAGGCAACGGUCGCCCUGAUCCGACGCGUCUUGUGUCCCCAGACCGGAAACCACGGCGGAGCGUCCACCCCACAGCCUCCCGGGGACCUUUUACCCCCUCUCACAAGCUCGAACGAAAUAGACCUUCAGCUCUACGCCAUAAUCGCCGUCAUUAUCAAAGAGUUUGUUCUCGCGUGGUAUUCGAAAAUCACCCCGGACCAGACCCUGGUCAAUGAAGUGAUCCAAGUAAUCGCGCAUUGUACCCGGGCGUUGGAGCAGCGACUUCGACGAACCGACGUUGCACAGCUGUUUCUGGAUGAGGUUCCUGCUCUAGUCGAAGCGCAUAUUACCUCGUACAGAAUUGCGCGAGAACAGUCUCGACUGCCUGGAUUUUCUUCUUCGACGCGCGAAAUCUAUCAUGCCUUGUACCCGCAUCCGGCCUUCUCGCCGGUCCCAGAUGCCUCGGACGCGGGCCUCACGGAGCGCCAACGCGCCAACGAGACGGUAUAUCGACAAUUGCUGGCGCAGGAGGUGCUGGCCGUCCUCCUGCCCACGGAGGACCUAGAUAAUGUGUGUCUGCGAACGCUGUUGGGCGACAUCGUGGCGGACCUGAUUCUGGGGAACCAAAUCAGCGGGAAGGUGUGCGAAGGCUGGUUUCUGUGGGAGAGUAUCACAAAGCUUCUGGAUGUCGUGGGACGCCAACCCGCGCGUGAGGAUGACACGACCACGACGGGACCGCUUAAACAUGACCAGUUAAAGAAGUUUGGGCUCCUGGCGCCCAAGGAAGAUAUGCAGCAUAAUCAUUCCAAGGUCUUGCUACCCGUGCCCGAGUGGGCGUGGAACGUUCUUCACUUCGGAUAUCUGGUCUACGUGACUCUACGUUUCAUCGUAACGGGUCUCUUUCGCGUUGCAACCAGCUCGCCAGGGCCUUCGGGGUCGACGGCCAGCGUCGGUGGCCACGCACCGGAGGCGUUCCCUCCAUGCAACCCUUCUGGCAAGCGCCCCGUGCUGGACUAUCGACUGUACGGGAUGGUCUCUCAACUAAUCGAUCUCCCCAACCGAAUGCCAUGGCUGGGAGGGUUACUGGCCUUGUCCCAAUACCUGAUCCUGGCGGGUCCAGGCAGGCUAGGUGACACCGACAGCGUCCUUGAUAGGUUCCUUCACGAGACCAUUCAGAAUCAUCUCUUCCCCCCCACUUUAUUGCCCAACUUGCUUCUCGCCUCCAGGGCGGCACUUUUUCCUUUGAACGCUCGUCCGGCUCAGGCCGCCGCGGGUACGAAUCCCACCGGGCCUCCGACGCCGCACCUGUCCGUGCAACCUGCCUCGUCGCCUAUCGAGAGGGGUUCUGGUGGUAGCGAUGCCGCUGGCGCAAGUAACGCCAACAGUGGCAUUUCAACGCCUAACCUCUCAGCGAUUGCGCCUUCCUUGUCGCCGGACCCACGUCCAUCCGCGGCCGAAAUCGCUUCCGUCAAGCGACGCUGCGCGGUGAGUCUUUUAUCGCGGAUUCCUCGUCCAAUUGCGCGGCACUUCUUUGGUAUUCCCGCCAAUGGCGCCGUACACGGCCCCCUCGACGGCCAAGCUUCCAAUGAUCAUGAUCAGUCCCCUCGACACCCGGACUCUUCCCGAGCGUCGUCGCCCGCUCCUCCUCCCCUUUCUCAUCUCACGACCACCACCGCUCACCCGGAAGAGGAUGCGUAUCUUCUCGCCGCCAUAGAGCACGAUCUUCUCGAUCUUUUCGCGGACGAGUAUUGUAACAAACAUCUAAUUUAUUCGAUCAUCGAAGCUAUCCUGGUGAAGCUUCUCCCCGAGCUAUCUGAGCGCGGUCUCACCGAGUUAAUGGAGGACAGGGGCGUCGGUCUAGCCACCGCCUCAUGA